AUUGCUAGCAGCUCCUUAGAUACUACGGUUAUUGUGUGGAACUUAAAAGACACUGCCCGCUGUAUAAGUCAUUCGGCUCACGAGGAAAGGGUUCAUGGUAUUUGCUGGUCGCCGAAAUCAAAUUUGUUGGCCUCUUGUGCUCAUAAUAGUAGUAUCAAGAUUUGGGAACCUAAACCACAUGGCGCUAUCGAAGAAUUUAUCGCUCACGGUAAACCUAUACGUUCAGUAGAUUUCCAUCCUGCCGGUACUAUGGUCGUAACAGGUUCCGAUGAUAAAUCUGUAAAACUUUGGCGAAUACCUGAAAGAAAAUUUCUUACUUCUUUUAUCGGUCAUAGGAAUUGGGUGCGAUCCGCUAAAUUCAGUCCUAAUGGCAAAUAUGUGGCCACUUGCGGAGAUGACAAGUCUUUGCGGAUAUUUGAUGUAAACACGCGGUCAUGUAUAUGCAGUUUUACUGAGGACCUUGGCAUGGGAAGGCAAUUAACUUGGCAUCCCUAUCGUAAUAUCGUGGCUGUGGCAUUAAGUUGCAAUCGGGUUAAAAUGUUUGAUUUAUCAUCUCAAGAAUUAAUACAACUCUAUAAGGUGCACAAUGCGACCGUUAAUGAUUUAGCCUUUCAUCCCAAUGGAAAUUUUAUGCUUACCGGAAGUGAUGAUGAAACCAUGAAGAUAUUGGAUAUAAUGGAAGGGAGACCAAUUUACACCUUAUCGUGUCACAUUGGCAGGGUGAUGUCUGUUGACUUUAACUAUGACGGUUCAAAUUUUGCCUGCGCUGGUUCUGAUAAGCACUUACUUGUUUGGAAAUCAAAUCUGAAUAAUUAUGAUUUUUCCGCGGACGAUAUGAAAUCGCAAAAUGAAAUUUUAGAAAGGCAUGAUGUGCCAGAAGCAACUGCAGUCAAUUCCAACAUUAUAAGUCCUAGCAGUAAAUCUAUUAGGAUAGAUUCGCGUCAUUGCACGGCUUUGAAAAGCCAUAAGAACAAUUUUUGA